AUGCGGCCCGGAGCCUGGCUGCCCGGGCUCUGCCUCUUGCUCCUGGCCAGGCCCGCCCGGCCCUGCCCCGAGGGGUGUGACUGCUUCAUCCGGGAGGUGUUCUGCUCCGACGAGGGGCUGGCUGCCGUCCCUCGGGACAUCCCGCCGCACGCCACAGACAUCGUCUUCGUGGAGACCUCGUUCAGCACUCUGGCAGCCGGGGCCUUCAGCGGCAGCCCCAACCUGACCAAGGUGGUCUUCCUCAACACCCAGCUCUGCCACCUCGGGCCGGAUGCCUUCGGGGGGCUGCCCAGGCUCCAGGACCUGGAGAUCACCGGCAGCGCCCUCUCCAACCUCAGCGCCGACAGCUUCUCCAACCUGACCUCGCUGGGCAAGUUCACGCUCAACUUCAACAUGCUGGAGGCUCUGCCCGAGGGCCUCUUCCACCAAACGGGCGCCCUGGAUUCUCUCCAGCUGCAAGGCAACCGGCUCCAGAGCCUGCCCGCCCGGGUCUUCUGGCCCCUGAAACGCCUGAAGACCCUCAACCUGGCUCAGAACCAGCUGGCCCAGCUGCCCGAGGAGCUGUUCGAGGCCCUGGGCAGCCUGCAGAGCCUGAGACUGAGCAGCAACGCGCUGAUCGGCCUGCCUCGGGGCCUGUUUGGCCACCUGGGCGGCCUGCGCGAGCUCUUCUUGGACGGCAACUCCAUCUCGGAGCUGCCGCCUGCGGUGUUCGCGGGGCUCGGCCGCCUGGAGCAGCUGUGGCUGCAGCGCAACACCAUCGGGCACCUGCCCCUCGCCGUCUUCUCCUCCCUGGGCAACCUGACCUUCCUGAACCUGCAGGGGAACGCGCUGCGGACGCUGCCCGCCGGCCUCUUCGCCCGCACGCCCGCCCUGGUCAGCCUGUCUCUGUCCUACAACCGGCUGGAGGCGGUCAGCGAGGGUGCCUUUGCCCAGCUCUCCGGCCUCGCUUCGCUCACGCUCUCGCACAACGCCAUCACCCACCUCCCCGCCGGCGUCUUCCGAGACCUGCAAGGACUGGUCAAGCUCUACCUGGGCAGCAACAACCUGACGGCCUUGCACCCGGCCCUCUUCCAGAACCUGUCCAAGCUCGAGCUGCUCAGCCUGUCCAGGAACCUGCUGACCACGCUCCCCGAGGGCAUCUUUGACAACAACUAUAACCUGUUCAACCUGGCCCUGCACGGCAACCCCUGGCAGUGCGACUGCCACCUGGCCUACCUCUUCAACUGGCUGCACCAGUACACCGACCGGCUCUUCAAUGUCCAGACCUACUGCGCCGGCCCCGCCUACCUGAAGGGCCAGGCGCUGCCCGCCCUGAAGGAGGAGCAGCUGGUGUGUCCCGUCGCCCGGGACCGCUUGGGCCUCCAGGCCCCGGGGCUGGAGGACAGGGAGCCCGGGGACAGCUGGGAUCUGGUGGCGCAGGACAGGGCAGCCCGGAGCCGGUGCACCUUUAGUAACCCCGAGGGCACCGUGGUGCUCGCCUGUGACGAGGCCCGGUGUCGCUGGCUCAACGUCCACCUGUCCCCGAGGCAGGGGUCGGCCUCCCCGGGACUGACGUACAAUGCCAGUCAGGAGUGGGACUUGAGAUCGAGCUGCGGGUCCGUGAGGCUCACCGUGUCUAUCGAGGCCAAGAAGUCUGGUCCAGACAAGGAAGUGCAAUUCCUCCUUCACAUCCAGGGAUGCCCUUUUGGAAAAACACGCUUCCUGGGAUGUCCAGGUUGGUCAGUCAGUUAAGCGCCU